CUUACAAAGGCAGUAGUGACGACAAACCAGGCUUCGUAAAAGUGUUGCUACACACACCCCCUCACACGAACAUACUUAAAUAGAUCUUACCCGCAAGUUUAGGACGAGUAUUCAUUCAGACCACGUCCAUACGUUCUAUGUAGUAACUGAUUUUUGAUCCCGCAACUGAAAUCUGGAUAUUCGAGUAAUAAGAGACCCCACUUUUAAUCGUGCACUUAUAGGCAAGCCUAUACAAUUCAUAAAAUGGAUACAAUGACAACAAGCAAUACUUUGAAAAUUAUCACGGUCCUACUUCUUGGAUGCAUCUGCCUUACGGAAAGUGUUCCCGUCCUUAGAUUUUCUGGUCAAAUUUCACUGGAGACAGAUGGUGAAUCGGGAGCGGUGCUGCCUUGGGUUCUCAUGUCAAAAAUGCUAGAAUCAGACAGGUUUAUGAAUACAGAUUUAGAUGGCCAAUCCGAAUAUUAUUCUGGAGAAGAAAACAAUCUUGAUGUUACAAAACGUGGAAGCAACAGGGAAACAGCUAUUAAACAACAACUUUUUGGUGGGAGACUGAGAAAGGUGGCUGGAAUUAACUUGGGACGCAAACCAGGAGGGCGUUAAUUUAACGAAUAUGUAAAUUGAUAACAAGUAUACAAAAUGUUGCCAAGUACAUGACCGUAUUGAUCUUCACUGUAAUUUUGACACUUUACGAAGGUCAUAUUUAGUAGGCCUCAAAUUAAGUGUGGUACGAAACACAAAGACAGAUGUAAGCGAAAGCUUCGUCAAGAAAUCAAUUCGCAAUACGUAAAGUAAUAACACGUUGCCCUUUUUUGGAAUUUAAUAACAAAUAUUUAAAAUACCAUAUUUGUUUAACCAGUCCGGCCUCCGGUUUUGAUAAUGGUGUGCUUUGCUACUUACAGUCGUACUGAAGCUGCAUCGUCGAUAACCACAGACUAACAAUAAAAUAUUUUGAAGAAUCUCACAGAUAUGUAAAUAAUAAAAAAAUGAAUAAGUAUAAAUAUUAUUCAAGACAGUAAUCCGGCAAUUUUUGGAAGAGAAUAAUAAAUGUCUCAAUUUGUAAAUUGUGUCAAUUUUAUGAUUGAUUCUGACAAAU